GUUUAAAAUGGAAUUAAUUUGUUUACCAUCCAAUUCAAUUGUAAGAUUAAAGACGUUUUAUAAUGGUAGCGAUUUAAUUUCUGGCAGACCGAAUGUCCAUGGCAUGUUUAACUUAAUCGAAAAUGGAUUUAUCGACUUGCAAAAAAAUACAAUUUGCUUACUAAGACUAUUUUCGGAAUAACAAUAAGCCGUUCUAGAAAUAUUCGCUGCUGCAGAGUGGACUUUGGAAUCUUAUAUUGGCUUACAAACAAGCAAGUGUGAAUUUUUUAAAUACAAUAAACAGGGGAACUUAAAAGCUGACUGGCAACGUAUAUCGGCCAAUGCAGAGAAAAUGGCUAAUAUCCGGAUUACACAUCGAUCGCUGUUCGAGUUUUGACCUUGUCUGGAACACGACUGUUCAUAAAGACUGUAAACAUUUGUUUUAUGUUCUACAAUUAUUAAUUAUUCAAAAAGAAGUUUAUUAGCACUGCUGUGGUAAUAAUGUGCCUUAGUACGCUUACAGAAAUUAUUACAGCUAUUUGAACCAAGAGAAGAAAUCAGACGCAUUCCGUCGCAUAGCUAGAAUUAUACCACCUGACCUAUUGAUGAUCUCUGCGCUAAAGUCAAGAUUCGGCGGAUUAAAUUCGAAAUCAGACGCAUUCCGCAGUAUAACUGGAAUUAUACCACCUUAGCGUUUGAUGAUCUCUGAGCAAAAGCCCAGAUUCAGUGGAUUAAAUUCGAAAUCAGUAGCAUUUCGUCGCACAACUGGAAAUGUACCACCUUGAAUUUUGGUGAUCUCUGGGCAAAAGUCCAAAUUCAGCGGAUUACAUUCGGCUAUAAGUGGCCCGGUGUUUUUACAUUGACGGAUUAACGGUGUAAAACAAACAUUUACCUGUUUAAAAAACGUAAAUAUUAAAAAAAUAUGGAUCUUUUUACGGCUAUUUCAAAUGGAAAAGUGCGACAUAUCACUCAGUUGUUACAAGAAAGUGAUGGCAGUUUAGAGGCACGUUUGUACGACGGAAAAACGCCCUUAAUUUAUACAGUAUGUGACGGAAAUGAGGACGUUAGAACACACGUUGUGCGCAUGCUCCUACGUAAAGGCGCUGACGUUAACGCUCGGGACAAAAGCGGACGUACAGCGUUAAUGUACGCGACCAUGGACGUUGACAAAAUUGACCUUGUGCGGGUGUUAUCACGUUGCAAAUUGUGUGACGUCAACGCUCAAGACAAGGACGGUAACACGGCUAUUAUUCAUGCCGUUAUGUGUGCAAAUUCGUCAGCAAUUAGAAUUCUUGUGAAUGCUACUGCAACUAAAUCCUCUAUGGAUCUAGAACUUCGGAAUAAACACGGAUUGACAGCCUUGGAUGCCGCAGUAAAGCUGCAAAUGACGGAAUGUUGCAGAAUAUUAGUUUGUGAAGGAGGGGCCGACAAAAAACGCGUCUCUAAUCAAACCGGUCUUAAACGUCUUAUGGAAGAUGAAAAUCUUCUAAAUCGAACGAACAAUCCUCAUUCUAGAAAUCCAUCAAGGACCGCCCUUGUAAACCGGUUAUUGGCUUCUCCAAUACCGGAAGACAAACAAUUUGAAGGCUCGUACAUGUCACGUGACACUACUCCGAAUUAUGUUGACGAUUUUCCGGAGCGACAUACAUUGCUCAAUAAUUUGUCUCGUUCUAAUAGCCUGCACCGUUCAAACAGCAAUUUGUACAAACGCAGACCGGAAGCGGGCAGUAGACAAUCAAUUAACUCAAUAGGAAGUGAUUUAUUUAGCCUUUUAGACUCUCAGAAAAAUCUGAAACGUGUGCUUACGCCGAUAUCUGGCCGACAUAUGAAUGUUACCCCGGAAACUACCGAGGAUAAAUCUAUGGGGCGAACGAGGCUACCAAGUAUUCCGAGCGGAAGAAAACUAUACCUUGUGCAACAAAAUAACAAACUUGACCAUUUGUAGCGUAGCAAAUCUAAGAUCGAUGUUAUCUGAAGUCAUAGUUUCGUCAUAAGUGCUAUUGAUAUUUUUUGUUCUGUUUACAUGAAAUAUUUCAUUUAAAAUAAAAAUAGUUUUGAUCUAUUACAAUACGUCAUAAAUGCUACCUCGGAAGGCAAUAUUUUGCUUCAAACGAAGACUUAAAACAAAGAUUACUUUACUAUUUAUUCAUCAUAUUAAUGCACCAUUCAAUUGUAACCACGGUCGCCAGUUCCGGGGUACACAGGGGAUAACCGGGAAAAUGGGCUGUGUUUUUACCUUCCACGUGGUCCCGCAGUGCCGGGUGAAUGCGGUGGUUUUGUCUUUG